GGUGAGAAGAAGAAGAAGAAGCUUCCACAGACACUACAAGAUUCUACAGUUAAAUAUCCACUGCCACUCAUAGAGAAAGAGGUACGUCUAGAGUUACAUGUCUUUCUAUGCAUGUCUUUCUCUACUUGUUUUAGAGUUAGUAUGUUCCUAUACCUGCAAGGAAAUCAUUCUGAUCAUUCUGAUUCUGACAUAGAAACUUUAGGAUUGUCACAAAUAAUUGAUUGAUUUAAAUAAUAGUUCAAGUUUAACUUUAAGAUACUAUUACCUUGGUCUGCCAGUGAUAUUCAAAUGCAGGAUAUUCCCACCCACAAAGAUAUUUGAAUGGCUGAAAAGUUACAGUAUUCCCAUUUUGCAACUCUGUUUCUGUGCAGGAUAUAAGCCAUGAUACAAAGCGCUUUCGCUUUGGCCUUCCCUCUCCCACACAUGUCCUUGGACUGCCAGUAGGUACUGAUGCAACACUACAUACCCAUCUCAUUCAUCAGGCAGUGCAACAGCACCGGUAUCCUAUCAGACCAGAGACCUGCUUAUCUGGGCAUAUCAGGCCUGACUGUGAAGAUAGUACUAUCACUCUUCUGCCCCUUUCACCUCAUGUACCCUUUCCGCCCACCCAGGACAGCAUGUGUACCUGUCAGCUAAGGUGAAUGGGAGCCUGGUGAUCCGGGCCUACACUCCUGUCUCCAGUGAUGAGGACCAGGGCUUCGUGGACCUGGUGGUCAAGGUACUCUUAUUCAUCAGCCCUCUCAAACAGAUCAUUUGAGUUUGUUCAGACAAGUUACAAUAUAACAGCAAGGAUCUGACACCAUAAAGAUGGAUGUGUAUGAAUGGUUAGAAUUGCAUUUCAAUCAGUUUAAUGACUUGUAAGACGAUUCAUAAUUUGACAUUGAUCUUAACUUGUGUCCCAUGUUUUCCAAGGUGUACUACAAAAACACUCAUCCUAACUAUCCUGACGGAGGCAAGAUGUCUCAGUACCUGGAUGCCAUGAGCAUUGGAGACAAAAUAGACUUCAGAGGACCCAAUGGACUGCUUGUAUACACAGGAAAUGGUGUGUGUGUGUGUGUGUGUGUCUGUGUGUGCGUGUGAUAUAUACUAUGCUGUUUCAUCAUGACAUUAUCAUUUUGUGACCAAUAGAGGGCAAUGUAUUACAAUGCACCAGCCCUUUCUCAAUUUACUUAAUUUUUUUAAGAUUUCUCCUCAUUUUAAGGCAAAUUUGCAAUUCGACCUGAUAGGAAGUCUGAGGCCAAGAUCUGCAAGUUUAAACAUGUGGGAAUGAUCGCUGGUGGAACAGGUAUGGACCUCAUGCCUUUGAAAUGUAUGUGUCAUGUAUUUAUUUAGAAAUAUGUGGGUAACAUAAAUCCUUCGGGAUGAGACGUCUUUUUCUUCCUGAGGAAAACAUGAUUUGUGUAACUGUUUCAGCAUAAUUAAUGUGUUCUGUGAAGCAGAGCUGAAAAAUUGUAAAUUGGCAUACAUUUCUUGGUGCUUUUUCAGGGAUUACCCCCAUGCUGCAGCUGAUUCGCAGUAUUACAGCAGACCCUUCAGACGACACCAAGUGCUCCCUCAUAUUCGCUAACCAGGUCAGUCGCACCAGUGCACAGGGAAGAGUGGAUUCUUGUCCAAAUCUGAGGAAGAACCUGAGUCAUAUCCCACACACUAUCAACCGUCAUGGUGGAUUAUCAAUAAAGUGGGCACAAAGCUUGUUAUGAAUACAACUUCAAUGAAAAUCAUCUGAUGAUAGAAAACCAAGAUCAAUGUCACCUUUAGAAUGAUCUAACAAAACUCAAUGACUUAUUGUAGCAUAUGUAACACCUGUAAACCUUGAUCUAAUGAUGAUUCUCCCCCAGACUGAGAAGGAUAUCCUACUGCGGGAUGAACUAGAAGAGGUGCUGAAGAGUCAUUCUGACCAACUCAACCUGUCCUACACUCUGGACAAGCCUCCACAGGGUAAGACCAUAGUGUUCCAUAAUGACAAAGAGAAAGCUACAGGGUUGUCAUGGGCUAAUGCCAUUGUAUCGUCCUUGUUGAACUGCAAUAAAAUAAAA